AUACACAAGGUCGAUAUUGCAAGUAUGCCAAUUUAGUUUUAGAUUAACUGCAGACUUGGGUCUGCUAUUCGCGUAUGUUGCUAAAGUUAGUAUACCGUCUUUAGUUGUCUGAUGUGAUCAUCAUUCGCGAGUUAAGCAACAGUGUAUGUUAUGUUAAUUAUAUUCUAAAGCUUAAUCAUGAGUGAAAGUAUGAGAAAAGUUGGUAAAAGUACUGGUAAUACUAGGCCAGUAAAUCGACGUAGACUUCCAGAUGGUUUUGGAAUGGUAGCGCGCGCAACUAAACCCCCAGUGACUUAUUGUCUUGACGAAAACGUUAAUUGUUUAUCAUCACACAAGAUAAGUGAUGAUGGUGGGGGUCGUGUAGGUAAAAAACUCGAUGACAACACGAAAAAAAUAGGAAGGAUAGAAGAGCUGUCCGCUUCAGUGAGAUCAUCAUCGACGUCAAUGGAUGAUGAUAAAAAAAAAACGGACGGUGACGACGGUGGCCGACCUGUCCAAGUUGUUUUAACCCAUCCCGAUCAUACAUUUGAACUCGAUGAAGAUGCUCUAGCUGAAAUACUUCUCAAAGAUGACAUUAAAGAUCGUAGUGUCGUGGUCGUGUCCGUUGCCGGUGCAUUCCGUAAAGGAAAAAGUUUUCUUCUGGAUUUUUUUCUUCGCUACAUGAAUUACAAAUAUUUAGAUAAAAAAACAUCAGAAUCAUGGAUCGGAGAUGAUAAUGAACCACUGAGCGGAUUCUCAUGGCGUGGUGGCUCUGAACGCGACACAACCGGGAUACUCAUGUGGUCAAAAGUGUUUCCGGGUACGAUGCCAAAUGGAGAAAAAGUUGCCAUCAUUUUAAUGGAUACUCAGGGUGCAUUUGACAGUCAAUCGACAGUAAGAGACUGUGCGACUGUAUUUGCAUUGAGUACAAUGUUGUCAUCGGUACAAAUAUUUAAUUUGUCUCAAAAUAUUCAAGAAGACGAUUUGCAGCAUCUGCAGUUAUUUACAGAGUACGGUCGUCUUGCAUUAGAAAAAUCCGGAAAUACGCCUUUUCAGAAGCUUGAAUUCUUGGUACGUGAUUGGAGUUACCCAUACGAGGCUGAUUAUGGUUCCGAGGGAGGCCAGAAAAUAUUGCAGAGACGUCUUGAGAUCUCUGACCGGCAGCAUCCGGAGCUACAGAGCUUACGUAAACAUAUUAAGUCAUGUUUUUCGGAUAUAUCGUGUUUCCUGAUGCCGCAUCCGGGUCUGAAGAUCGCGACGAACCCGAAAUUUGACGGGCGGCUGGUAGAAAUUGAGUCAGAUUUUAAACAACAGCUAAAAAAGCUUAUACCUUCGUUGUUAGCACCCGAGAAUUUGGUAACUAAAAAAAUAAAUGGACAAACUGUUCGUGCACGUGAUUUAUUAGAAUACUUUAAAAGUUAUAUUAGAAUUUAUAAAGGCGAUGAAUUACCAGAGCCAAAAAGUAUGUUAGUUGCUACUGCUGAAGCAAAUAAUUUGUCUGCGGUUGCUGAUGCUAAGGAUUUGUAUUUACAAAUGAUGGAAUGCGUUUGUGGAGGUGCUAAACCCUUUUUGGCAACCGCACAUCUUGAAUCGGAGCAUCAGCGGUGUGUUGACAAAGCGCUUCAUCAGUUUUCUAAUAAACGCAAGAUGGGGGGAGAUGAGUUCAGCCAAACUUACAUGGAAAAACUUGUCAAGGAUAUGGAUGAAGCAUUUCUACAAUUUAAAGCCCACAAUGAAAGUAAAAAUAUUUUCAAAGCAGCUCGUACUCCAGCCGUAUUUUUUGCCAUUGCCGUCACUAUGUACAUUUGCUCCGGAGUAUUUGGUCUCGUAGGACUCUAUACUCUAGCUAAUAUUUGUAAUCUCAUUAUGGGAAUUGGUUUAUUAACUCUCGUAUUAUGGGCGUAUAUUAGAUACAGCGGAGAGCUCCGUGAAAUAGGAACACAAAUAGACGAUUUAGCUAGCGGUAUAUGGGAAAACAUAAUGAAACCAAUUUAUCAACAAUUUGUCGAGAAAUCUGUGUCCGUCGCCGUAGCACAAGCAGCAGCUGAAAUAGCAACUAAUUCAACUAUAGGAAGCGCAACAUCCGUUAAUGGAAAACAUAAAGUAUCGUAAUUUAUUUAUCUAUAAUAUCUUAAUUAAUUAAUCAAUUAAUUAAUAUUUUAUAUUCAAAAUUAAUUAUUUUUAUCUACGGAAAACAAAAUAACAAAUUGUGUCCCUUGCAGAUGUUGGAAUAAAGUUACUCGGGAGUAGUCGGGUAUCUUCGGUUUUUGUCCUUCGGUAGUGAUUACAAAAACCAUAGAUAACCUAAUCCCGAUUUUAUUACAAUGUCUGCUUGGUACUGAGAUAUUAUCUCGUGUACAGUAAACCUAGAAUCGUUGCUUUUAUAAUCUGUAGUAAAUAAAGAAGAAUGAAGAUCUUAAUUUUAUUAAAGGAAAGUUUUAAAUUUACUAUACACCAAAAAAACAUUUGAGUCUACUGCCGGUAUCGGAAAUACCCGACUUAUGCCGAGUAAUUUUAUUCCACCUGCUAAGGACUCAGAUAUUUUUUUGUAUAUAGUAAUUAUAGAAUCGCUAUUUUAAAUUGGUAGUAAAUAAAUAAAAAUAAAGAUCUUAAUUAAAAUAUAUGAACUUCUAGGUUUACUAUAGAUAAAAAAAAUUUAUUUGAAUCCAUUGUAAAGGUUAGAAUUAGAAAAAAAUUACUCGAGACUAGUCGGCAUUUUGAGUUUUUGUACAUCCAAUGUAGCCGUAGGAUAAAAACCGAAGAUACCCGACCAAUACCGAGUAAUUUUAUUUUCUACACUUUCUAAGGACUCAAAUAUUUUUUUUUUUUUUUUUACAGUAAGCCUGGAAUCUUAUAUUUGAAAUCAGCAGUAAAAAAUAAAGAUCUUAAUUAAAAUAUAUCAACUUCUAGAUUUACUAUGUAAAAAAAAAAUAUAUUAUUUGAAUCUAUUGCAGAGAUUAGAAAAAAAUUAUUCGACACUAGUCGGCAUGUUUUUUGUUCGUCCUAUCAUAGCCGUAGGAUAAAAACCGAAGAUACCCGACCAAUAUCGAGUAUUUUUAUUCUUGUACUUUCUAAGGACUCAAAUAAUAUUUUUUUAUAGUAAACCCGGAAUUAUUUAUAUUUAAAUCAACAGUAAAAAAAUAAAGAUCUUAAUUAAAUAAGCUGUGAUUCUAGGGUACUAUUAUUAUUAUUAUUGUUAACGUAAAUGCUAGCGUCUUAAUACAUUCUUAUUUAAAUAAUUAUUAUAAAUUUGGUUGAGUGAAUGUAUGUACAGUAUUUACAGAUUAUAACAGUGUUGUAUGUUGAAAAUUAAUUACUCAACAAUAAACUAUAACUCGUUAUUGUUGACCGUAGGAUCUUAAAUGCACGAUUAAAUGUUUUUAUACAUCUUCAGAGAGUUUAAAGGAAAAAAAAAUAUAAAUAUAUAUUAAAUCUGUCUAAUAUUUUUAAAUGUAUAGAUAAGCUGUUUUCUCAUUUAUUAUUAUUUUUGUUUAAUGUAUAUAAUUAAAUGUAACUAAAUACGUAGGCAUGUAAAUGCUGCUUCUAUGCACAUUUGUUUUUUUUUUAAAUUGCCAUACUAGGAUUAUUUUAAAUAAUAAUUGGGCAAAUUAGACGAGUUUUUAAUAUAUUUGUUGUUAAUUUAUUUUAAAAUACAUUAAAAAAAUUAAACUAAAUUUAUUAAUAAGCUCUCUGCGUAAAUUUUUAUUCAAAGGUAAUGCGUGUGUAAUUAUGGGUAGUAAAUAAAUGCGCAUAUUUUUGUA